CGUUGGAACUGGUGUUGGAAAUUCCUUCAUCGUGGAAGAAACCUAAAGGAUCUCAUCGGCGGGGUGCUCGACCAUCCCAAGCCAGACAAUCCUACCGCAGAAUCCCGGCUGCAGGUGUGCCGAAAUGGAGUCAUGCAGGGCCUGUGGCUUUCUGCCUUCAUUCAAAGCUCAGCCUCAAACCCUGUGCUUGCUUUCCCCCCCUGACCAUAGCAACCGUUUCAGAGACUCCAGGGGUGCAGACUGCAGUUGAUGAAAACUAAGUCGGAUCCUGGUUGGGAGGCCAUGUUGCGUCCCACUCCGCGUGUCCGUGUCCUGCCUGCGAAGAUGUUGGAAACAGCAUACGGGGAAAAAUCUUUUGCUUUGAUUUUUAAUCUUCAAGGAACACCUUGUUCCAGAUUAAACAAUCGCGAGAGCUGGUGGGAGAGGAAUCCCUUCUUAAAUUCAACCAGUUUCGCCUCUAUUGAGCGAUUUCUUCUUAGCAGACAGGACUCUUAGCAAGAGUCACGCCUUGGGAGUUUGCUGCUUUUCCUCAGACUGGCCCCCUGGCCACUCCCCAGGACCACUCCUCGCCCGUCGGAGCCACGCUUUCUAGGCGUGUUGCUUUCUUCAUCCCAGUUUGCAUGGCGUCUACCUGCCUCUGCUCGCCACGUCUCCCGGCUCCGGCUACGCCCUGAGGCCCUCCUUGCCAGAGUCACGCCUUCUGGGUUGUCUGCUGACCUCUUUUGGGUUUGCUGCUUAUACUUAGCUCCACCUCAUGGCCACGCCCCGGAGGCGUUCUUCACCUCCAGCCUUCUGGGUUUGCUGUUCGUCUUCCUCUUGGCCCUGGCCACGCCUCGUGCCCCCUCCUUUCCCAAGCCACAUCCAGAUUUUCCUAUUUCCAGUUCCAUCCGCUAGCCAAGCCAGUCAGGCCUAGUCAGUCUCUAGUGUUGGCCUCUAAACGGUCGUCAAGCUGCGCCCGUCCAGUCCCGGGGCCUCAGGCACCUUCCUGGGAAAGUAGGGAUUCUCGGCGGGCCUCAGAAAGUCGCGCCGGUUUGGCCAGUCCGGCAACCCCAGCGCCCUCCAGGGAACGCGGCCGCCACCGGAAACGGAAGCGCGCGACAGCAGGACCAUGGCGACGCUGUUUGACCUCCCAGACUUGGUGCUCUUGGAGAUCUUCUCUUACCUCCCUGUCCGGGACCGGAUCCGCAUCUCCAGGGUCUGUCACCGCUGGAAGAGGCUAGUGGAUGACCGGUGGCUGUGGCGACACGUCGACCUGACGCUCUACACGAUGCGGCCGAAAGUCAUGUGGCACCUCCUACGCCGGUACAUGGCAUCCCGGCUCUACUCGUUGCGCAUGGGCGGCUACCUGUUUUCUGGCUCUCAGGCCCCACAGCUGUCCCCUGCCUUGAUGCGGGCCCUGGGUCAGAAAUGCCCCAAUCUGAAGCGCCUGUGCCUGCACGUGGCUGACCUGAGCAUGGUGCCUAUCACCAGUCUCCCUAGCACACUGAGGACCCUGGAGCUGCACAGCUGCGAAAUCUCCAUGAUCUGGUUGCAGAAAGAGCAGGACCCCACGGUGCUGCCUCUGCUGGAAUGCAUCGUGCUGGAUCGAGUGCCGGCCUUCCGAGACGAGCACUUGCAGGGCCUUACCCGCUUCCGAGCCCUACGCUCGCUGGUGCUGGGCGGCACCUACCGGGUCACUGAGACCGGGCUAGAUGCCAGCCUGCAGGAGCUCAGCUACCUGCAAAGGCUUGAGGUGCUGGGCUGCACCCUGUCGGCUGACAGCACCCUGCUGGCCAUCAGCCGCCACCUUCGAGAUGUGCGGAAGAUUCGGCUGACCGUUGGGGGCCUCUCGGCCCAGGGCCUGGUCUUCCUGGAGGGAAUGCCUGUCCUGGAGAGUUUGUGCUUCCAGGGUCCCCUUAUCACCCCAGAAAUGCCCACACCCGCUCAGAUUGUGUCCUCCUGCCUCACCAUGCCUAAGCUCAGAGUGCUUGAGGUGCAAGGGCUGGGCUGGGAGGGUCAGGAAGCAGAGAAGAUCCUGUGCAAGGGCCUGCCCCACUGCAUAGUUAUUGUCAGGGCUUGUCCCAAAGAAUCCAUGGAUUGGUGGAUGUGAGGGCAUCACCUAUCCAUCUCUGGAACCUAACCUAGCUUGGAGAGUGACCUCCAAGCAAACUGAAGCAUUUGAAUUCAUCAGGCGUGAGGGAACUGGAGGUGUCAAGGAAAGGAAGCUAGGACCUUGGGGCUUCCUGAGCUGGGGUUAUCUGUAAUCUGGGUCACCUCAGACUUGUUAUCAAGCCUCUGGAAGGCUUCAUUCACACAUUUAGGAAUAGGCAUCAUAGCUACCUCAUGAUUCGUUUUUAAAUCUUUAACACCUCUCCCUCUUUUUUUCUAGUCCCUGGGACUCAAACCCAUGGCCUUAAGUCUGGUAGAGAAGCACUGUUGUGCUGCUGAGCCGCCCUGGGGCCCUGGGAAGCCUUAACAGACCCCAGAGACCUUAGAGAAGGCUCAUUUUCAGGUGGAGAUGCGUGGGGUUUGGGGCUCUGAGGUCGGCCUGGUUUUCUACCUACAUGGUUGAGAGGCAUAGAGGGCAGGGGAGCAUGCUCUCGGAUUGUCCUAGUUUUCUAGAAGGUUCUCAGUCACAUUUACUGUAUUUUAUAUCCUGCCUUUUUCA